AUGCUUGAACCCAUGAGAGAGCUGAAGUUCCAUGAGAAAAAGCUUCUCAAAAAAGUAAACUUUUUGGAAUGGAAGAGUACAAAUACAGCAAGAGAGCAUCUCGUUAUGUCAAAAUACCACUUAAGAGAUAGAGAGGAGUAUGUAAAGUACAAUAGAAUUGCUGGAAAGAUCACCAAGAUUUCGGAAGCACUGGCAAGACUGAAAGAAAGCGAUCCUGUUCGUGCAAGCAUUACCAGGAAGCUUGUCAAUAAGCUCUACGGAAUCGGAAUCAUCAAAAACAAAAAGCUUGUAGAUUGCACAAAGGUCACGGUUUCAAGCUUCUGCGAGCGCAGACUGCCCAUGAUUAUGAAGAACAUGCAUAUGGUUCCAAGCUCAAAAGACGCAACGAGAUUUGUUGAGCAUGGGCAUGUUAGGUUGGGAUCAAAGAUCGUUUAUGAUCCUUCGGCCAUUAUAAGCAAGGCAAUGGAAGACUUUGUGUCCUGGGCUGAAGAGUCAAAGAUCAAAAGGAAAAUUGACGAAUUCCAUGGCGAACGAGACGAUUACAAGUAUGUUUGA